GCGUAAUGUAUCUCGGUAGGACACAAUUUUACUGUCAUAAUGGCCAGCAGCGCUAGUACAGGACUAUGCAUGAGGCACUGAAGCAGGAUUCACCCUCAGAUCCUUAUGGAUGCUAUGAGCCCCAGGGAUUCACAUUGCGUUUUUGCAUUUGUAAGAAGCUCUUUUGUUUUUUUGCUGCCAAGUAGCAGGACACUGACCCCUGCAGUAUGCUGACUCAGCAGCAGUCCCAGCGCACAGAGAUCCCAGCUUCAGAUUCAUCGGGUUCUUUUAAUAGAAGAAGACGGAAUUCCAUAUUUGUCACCGUGACUCUGCUCAUUAUAUCCACGCUAAUUUUAACGGUGGGUCUUGCUGCAACCACUAGAACAGAAAAUGUCACUGUGGGAGGCUACUAUCCCGGUGUAAUUCUCGGGUUUGGGUCCAUACUUGGAAUAAUAGGAUCCAAUUUAAUAGAGAACAAAAGACAGAUGCUUGUUGCAUCUAUAGUUUUUAUCAGCUUUGGAGUGAUUGCAGCUUUUUGUUGUGCAAUAGUGGAUGGUGUUUUUGCUGCCAGACAUCUAGAUCUCAGACCUAUCUAUGCAGGCAAAUGUCGAUACUAUAUCUCUGCAGACAGUGAACACACCACUGAGGUGACAUGUCAGAUUCCAGCUCGGGGCUCUUGCUUUUUGAAGAUAAAGAGCAACACAUGUUACUGCUGUGAGCUGUAUAACUGCGGGAGAAUCCCACCGUUCCUGCCAUUAGUUGUAUUGUGGAGACCCCACGCCCCAGAGUACAGUACAACACAAGACCACCAGUGCCGUCUUAUAAUACCUACUACCACAGCACCCCACACCUGCCACCUUACACUGCCUAUGACUUACAGCAUUCCAAUAUCUUUCCAGCUUCUACUCCUUCUGGCUUGUCAGAUGAUCCUAAUUCAUCAUCACAGUCUGGCCCCAGUUUCAUGUGGCCAUCUACUGCUCCCCCUCGUUACUCUCCACCGUAUUUCCCACCAGACGAGAAGCCACCACCUUACACGCCAUGACCUCCAUGGGCACAAGACCUUGUCUCCUCAGAAAUUUAGGACACAUGCCUGCCAAAAAAAUAUGAACUUUUAUGUCAGUACGGUACAUAUUUAGGUUCCUGUACCUAUGUGGACUGGAUGACUGGUAUUGCAUACAAUACAUGUGUAUAUAUAUGAGUGUGAGACACCUGGGAUGCAACCCUGACUUUUUCAAUUCUGCCAAAACCGAAAAUGUACAUGGUCAGCUUUACAUGGAAGUGCUGAGACAGGAAAGUUCAUUCAAUGGUGCACUCAUCUCAUUGGGGGUAAUUCAGACCUGAUCGUAGCAGCAAAUUUGUUAGCAGAUGGGCAAAACCAUGUGCACUUCAGGGGUGGAAGAUAUAACGUGCAGAGAGAGUUAGAUUUGGGUGGGUUAUUUUGUUUCUGUGCAGGGUAAAUACUGACUGCUUUAUUUUUACACUGCAAUUUAGAUUUCAGUUUAAAAACACCACAACCAAAUCUAACUCUGUCUGCACAUGUUAUAUCUGCCCUCCUUGCAGAGCAUAUGGUUUUGCCCAUCUGCUAACAAAUUUGCUGCUACGAUCAGGUCGGAAUUAGGCCCAUUGUCUCCUAGCAUGUGUGCUUCAUUUGUCGUUCAAUUGUAGUUUAUUUUUCUAUGUAUAGUGAUUACAAUUUUUUUUCCAUGGCUACCGUGUAAAAAAAUCCUAUCUGGCCAACACCACUGGCUCCAGAUGUCUUUGUUUCAUGCUUUUCCCAUUUAGAUCAAAGCACCAGCAAAGUAAAAGACACCAAGAAGAGAUUGGGGAUGAAAUAUCCAAGAUUUAGUUUCAGUGCAAUGGUCUAGUGUAGGCGGGAAGGUCUCUCGAGUUUUUUUUUUUUUUCAUUAGAUAAUGUAAACUUACAUGGAGGAAAUACUGUUUACAUCAUAAUCCAGGGAUUCUAUCACUGUAAUAUAAACCAAGCAAUGACUGGGGAAGUCUCAUUGUAUCAUGCAACAUUGGUACCUCUUAAUUGUACUAUAAGAUUGUGACGAUAUCGCUAUGUAUCAUAAAAUAAAGUCUGAUGUGCAACAACACUGUGAUCACCAAAAA